UGUUGGGUGAGUUCUCUCGAGUCCUCAAAUUUGUCUCUUUCGUCUAUCAACGGAAGACUCGACUGCGAAUUGUUUAUUUUGGCCAAAAAACAAAAAGGAAAAGAAAAGAACGAGGUAAAAAGAACAGGGCCUUAGGAUGCUGCUGCUGCUGCCGGGAGGGGAAAGAGACUGCAGAGAGAUGAGAGCAAGGUGAAAAUCUCCAUCACUCUUCACUGACGCAGCAAAGUCAGCAUAACCAAGCAAGACAGAGGGAAGCCCUCUUUUUAUUCUUCCAUGGAGCUGGGUCUGUUUCAGUGAACAGUGUCUGACUGAGGGGAAGAAAGACGACACUCUGAGAUGGGAAGCAGAGAAAAAGUGGUGGAGACAGAGGAGGAGGAGGAAGAAGGGAAAAAGCAGCAGCAGCAGCAGGGGAAAAGGAAGGUUAAAGCAGAGGGCUUUCUUCUCGUCGACAGGAUAGGGGGAGGCCCUUCUACUCCUCCCCCGACAUGGAGACUCGAGCUGUCCUCUCAUGAGGGUGACGACUCCAUCGGCCCGAUUCAGCAGUUCCUCACUCACCCUUCAGCUUCGAGAGGCUCCACCGUCUCUGCUAGAAAGCUCUGUGCCAGCCUCUGGGAGGUCCAGCCCUACCACAGCCUCUCCAUGAGCAAACGAGCUGCCAAGCCCAUGAGAGACAAAGGUUUUGAAUUCGACCCCCCCAAUGUCCCGCCUGAUCAGCCUGCAAGAGGUGGUGGGAUUCAGAAGCCAACAUUAGAGUCACCUCUCCGACCCCACAAGUAUAGAGGGAACAAUCUUGCAGUUCAACCCGUGUCUUCAGCCAGUUAUUGCAGCUCAAUGGAGGUGGCUCCUUAUAAAGCUGCAGUCACUCCUGUUAGCUCCCUAGACUGGAGGGAUCCAUCAGGCGAGUCGAGCUAUAGCCUGCGAACAUCCACUGAGCUGGUAAAGAUACUGAACCGUAUAUGGAGCCUCGAAGAACAACAUGCUUCCAAUACUUCCUUAGCUAAAGCCCUAAAAUCAGAAAUAAUUCGUUCUCGGGCAAGGAUUAAGGAGCUGCUGAGGGAGAAAGAGAAGGAUAAGCAAAUAGUUAAUGAUAUGAUGAACCGAGUUGAAGAGGAUAAACUGAGAGAAGUAGAAGCUGCAGUGAAAUCAGUGAGAGGGGAGGUCGAGGAAGAGAGGAAGCUUAGAAAGUUCUCAGAGAGUGAGCGAAGGAAACUGUCCAAGGAGCUCUCUGUGCUUAAGUCUGGGUUCUCGACUGCUUUGAGAGAGCUCGAGAGGGAGAGGAAAGCUCGAUGUUUGUUGGAGAGUCUAUGCGAUGAAUUUGCUGAAGGGAUAAGAGAUUAUGAUCUAGUGGUUCGGUCCCUGAAGCAUAAAGUUGCAGAGGAUUUUGUUGGUGAGGAGGUAUCUGACCAGUCGAUUCUCCAUAUUUCGGAAGCAUGGCUCGAUGAAAGAAUUCAGAUGAAGCUAGCACAAACCCGGAAUGAUGUAUCGGAGAAGGAUACGAUUGUUGAUCGGUUAAGUUCCGAUAUAGAGACCUUUCUGCAGGCUAAACAACAGUAUGUUGAAUCGAGGGGAAACAGUGACUUAACACAGAAGGAGCUGAAGGAGAAAAAACUCUCUCGAAGGCACUCUUUGGAGUCAUUUCCAUUAAACGAAGCUGCUAGUGCCCCAAAGUUUGCAGAAGAAGAAAAUUCUCCUGGUAGUGAUUUGCAGGUAACCGAGAGAAUGAAUGCUAAAGAAAUGAAAGAUAGCUCUAAGAGAACGGUGACCUCAGAAUCCAUGGAAAUAAAUGCAGCCCCACGUAAGAGCAACAAUCGCUGUAUUUCACCGGUACCUUAUGGUGGUAUAAUGGCCGAUGACAAUCCUGACCCGGAUGAGAUUAAAGCGACUUACGUGGCUCGGGAUCAGCAAAAUGGACUCGACAAAUGGGCUAGGAGUUGUGGGUUGAACUCAUUGUCAGAUCAUCCCCGUGAUAACUUACUCAGAAAUCGUUCAUUGUCUUCGAAAGGUGAUAGGAUUCGGACUCAUUCCAUGGGUCCUUGUGGGGAAGAUUCCUACGCUCGGUCUAUACCAAGCAGAGGCCGAGCUAGUCCUACUCCAGUACAAUCGUGGAAAUUCAAAUUGACCUCCCCCGAGUUUGAUCAACCUGAAGCGUCUUCGAGAUUGCCCCCUGGGGUGAAGGAGAACACUCUAAUGGCAAAGCUGCUUGAAGCAAGGCUAGAGAGUCAGCAUUCCCGGUCAAAGGCUCCCAGAAGUUCCGUGUAAGUCCAACGGCACCGGAAAUAAGAUUUCGCUUAACAUGGUUUAUGCUUCUAGAACUGUUGCUCCAAGAGCAUCGGGAUUUGUCUGAGGGGAAAGUCGAUGCCUUUUGUUUUUUUUUUUUCUUUUUCUCCUUACUGUAACCUGGCGGGAAUUAUGUACAGGCGGAAAUGGCACAAUUAUUUUUCUACAAUUCAGUAGUGCAGAGAGUUCCACCACUAAGUUAUCUGCUUGUUGCUGUCUUAGGCAAUGCUUCUGUUUCUUCUCCUUUUGCUUUUCUUUAUAAAAACAAAAACAAGACAGAGACUUGACAAUG